UCUGUGGCAGUUUAUGCUGAAUGUUAAGGAAUCAGCCGGACAGCAGCCAAACUGAAGCUACUGAAAUAACUGGCACUAAAAGAGCAGUAGUGGUCCAACUAUAUUUAGUCACCCCACUGCUUGUGAACCAAAUGCCAAUGACAACACACAGAACAGAAGUGACACCCACCCACCCAGCCACUCAUUCACUUGGAUCAGACUGCUGCCCCCUCCCCAGACCACAGCUCCAGAGCCUGGGAUACAAAGCACCCACAUCAGGGGUACCAUCCGGUGUGACCUUCUGAAGCGCACCCAACAGGACUCACUCUAGGUACGAGUUAGACCCCAUCCCGGGUCCUUCAAUACAGGGGGCGCCAUGUCUCAGUUCUGUACCAUGACGACCAGUGAGAGGAAGUUCCUCGCUGCAGCCAUCUGUAGAGCGGUGCAAGGGCAGGAAGAUUUGGAGAUAGACCUGGGGAAGAAGGUUAGCGCGCCCAAAGACAUCAUGCUGGAGGAGCUCUCCCUGGCUUCAAACCGAGGCUCCAGACUGUUCAAGAUGAGACAGAGACGAUCUGAGAAAUACACCUUUGAAAGCAUCCAGAAUACCACCAACAUAGAGCUCAAUAGCACAGCCAUUUCUCAGACUGUGGAAGAACAAACUUCAGAGAUACAAAGCAGUGAGACCAACUGCGCUGAAGACGACUCCACGGCCACAAGAACUGCCCCAGACCCAGAAACCAUUGCCCCAGGUUAUGGUGGUCCCAUGAAAGACCUCCCUCCUGAAAAGUUCAACAGCACUGCCAUCCCAAAGUCUUACCACUCUCCAUGGCACCAGGCCAUCGUCAGUGACCCUGCUCUGGCUGAUACACUCACCACCCGCAUGCCCGACCCCGAACAGCAGCCUGAUAGACCUGUGUACAAGUGUUUCAACAGGGUGGCGACUCCAUUCGGCGGCUUUGCCAGGACGUCCAGCCCGGUGCCCCCUCCUGCCCGUUCGCUCCCAGUGGACGUGGCCCUUCCAGACUUCCCUGAGCUCCAGGCCCAGACCGCCGCCGCCGCCACUGCGCCUCUCGACAGACCCUCCUUCAACAGAGCCGCGUCAGGGUGGGUGUCGUCCAACCAAGGCCCCGCCCCCAUCAUCAACUUAUCCCAGCCGGACUUCAUCCCCGAGUCCGACGACCUAUGAACUUCUGAUGUCACAAAUCUGGUUACAGUUGUACAGAGUAAACCUCCACAAUGCAUUUGACAAUAUCAUUUUUAAUUCAAAACUGGAUUACUUGUACAUAGAUGUGCAUAUCAUCAUCAAACAUCUUUGUCAAAUAGAAUAAUGAUUUUGUUUGUUUUGGGGCGGUAACGUGUUUGUUUGUGAAUAAUAAUGGAACACAGCAACAAAAAUGCUAAUUAUUCCAGUUAAAUUGUACAGGAAAAAGCCAUACAGCAAUAUUUCCUUUUUAAGAUGAUUACAUACAUACAUUCAAUAUUAGACAUGAUGGUGUUGUUUGGUUAAUCACUGCUCAUUUAUAACAGUGGCAGCAAAUAUGUAUAGAAAACAUGGGUACUGUCAUGUAAUCUAACCAAUGAAAGUAUAAUUGUCACUGUGUAGUUAUUUGGAUAA